GAAAUCACAUGAGUGUGCGUCAUGGUGUCCCGUGAUAUCUUUGUGAAUGAAGCGUAGCACUGCGCAAUGAGUUAAUGGGUAUACAUAGAUAUAAACUUUGUAGUAGACCCAUAUAUCUGUCAGUCGAACAUUGAACUUCCCGGUAAAGUUAUCACAACAGUCUCGUUCGUGUGACCUAUGAAAGUGUCACAUAUGCGGUCACCUUCAAUGAAGUAUCAAACUCCCUGUCGGACGGGCACGAUUGGCCACUUGAUCCUUUAAGUUUGCCUUCCAUCCUAUAUUGUAAGCUGGAUACAUAGGCAAAUCUUUUGUCGUUCACCUGCAGCCGUCCAACAUGAAGUCCAUCCUCGCAUAUUUUGUUCUCGUCUUGUGCCUUAGCGCAAUCAUGGCGCGGAAGUUGAACUUUCGCCCUCGCUACCGGCCGCGGCUUCUCGGAGAUUCCGGCAUGAUUUGGCAUGAUUGCGGUAAGUUUAGCAUAUCACCCGGCAGUGUUCUAGAGAGCGUCGACAUUUCGCCAUGGGAAUCGAGCGAUGGCAAGGCUGUGAUGAUUCAGGGGAAAUCUUACAAUUUCACUGUCGUCUUUAAAGCAACCAAGGACGCGACAGAUGCUGUCACCCAUGCUUAUGGGCAGUUAGGACCUGUACCAAGAAUAGAGUGGCCACUGCCUCAUCCAGAUGCGUGUGGUGAUCCGAUUGGCACUGUGACAUGUCCUCUGAAGAAAGGAACAACUUACACAUACAGGAAAAAUGUUCAUGUGUCGACGUAUUAUCCGCCAUAUCAGUACCUAGCUUAUUGGGAACUUCACAACGAAAAUGACGAGAAGAUAUUCUGCGUGGUGUUUCCCUUGACGAUAAGGAGUAGAUGGUCGGAUAACACCUUAUCGAUCCGAGGAAAAACAAGAACGGGGGACGAUUUUCAAAGCUUCAUGCAGCUUUUGUCAAACAAGCCAUUUGUUUAAUAGUCUUGGGUCAAUAAGCUGUUGCAAGAAGGUCGUGUGAGAUAACAAGAUUUUUAAAUUCUUGUUAAUGGGAAAAUAAUCAGUUGAGCUAGUGAAUUGAACAGACGUUAAAACAUUAGAAUCAGCAUAUUUCAUAUUUGUCAAAAAAUCUUGUUUAGGUGAGCAAAUUUAAAUGUGGGGUUUAAAAAUGUAUGGAUUUGCCUCUUUUUUCCUUUAACAAAAUAUGAUGCCGCUUACAUGUAGUUAUCAUAUACAGUAAGAAAAUAAGAGAUGGAGGUAUCAUUAUGUUCGUCUUGAUCUUGCUGCACCGUUUCAAAUGGCAAGGUGGCCAAUUACCAUCAAGUACGUGUACUAUACACGAUUUAAAAAGACCCUUUUUGGGAUUACGUUUAUUUCGAAUUGUUCAUUCCUCUCUAAUGUUUACUUGACAAUAUCAGUGACUGUGCCACAACCAGUAGGGCAAUGCUUGAGAUAAUUUCAUAACAUAUAAUGAGAGCCUCAGUGAGGAGACUCAUAAAAUGCUUGGGUAUCUAAGGGAACAUGCAUUAGAAACCGCAGUAUUCUUUAUGAAUAUCAUCCAUUUUGGUAAUGUACAUGGUUGUUAUGGAAUAUACCAUGUCACGUACAAUUUUUAUCAGAUUGUAUCAUUUUUUUAAAUAAAUAUUAUACAGUGUUCAAA